AUGAUGAAUUUUUUUGGAUCGAAGUCCUCGGGCAAUGCCGAUGAGGGAGACAGUAAGCAUGGCUCGUCGGGGAACAGCAGCACCAACAUGAAUCGAGGAUCUGGGUUUUUUCCGGGAUUCACGUCGCAGACGGCUACUCCUACGACGGCGGUGAGCCAGAGUGCUUACGCGAUGGGAACCACCGGGAUCCCGUCGGAGAACCUUUUGAGCCAUAUGAAGGCUAUGAACGAUGGGACGUCCGGUGGAAACGCGGUUGCAGGCAGUACCGCGGAAAUUGCUCCGGCAGUGAGUGAACAAGAGUAUGUGCGGCAGUCGAAUGAGCCGGCGCCAGCGGCCCAUAAGGCCGUGAGCCCCCCUGUGGAGCAUUUGGCUGCACCUGUCGGUAAGCCGGCUGGUGGCAAGAGAAUCGGUUCUAAGACGUUGAACGCAGACGUACCUAGAGGUACGUUGACUGUCACGAUCGUCGAGGCCAAGGGUCUGCUCACGGCGUCGAUGGAAUCUCAGCCUUACGUCGUUUGCACCUUUGAAAGCUCCGAGUUUAUUUCGGAGGGUCCGGAGUCAAUGGAUAGCAAACCGGGGUCGCAGAAUGUCGAGGGUUGGAAUCGCAGUGGUCUAAAAAAGCAUAGACCGUUGUAUACACAUCGGUCGUCGUCACAUUUGAACAAGUUGGCAGAAGAGAAGCAUAACGGCGGCAGUCGCAGCAGCACAAAUCCUAUUUGGCACCACGAAACCACCUUCGAUGUGCUCGGGGACCGCUCGGAGUUGGACAUUUCUGUAUAUGAUGCUGUGCACGACGAUAUGUUUCUAGGGCAAGUGAGGCUACGUCCUCGGAUCCAUGAUACAGCGAAGGCUUCGCAGUGCCAAUGGUAUAGUCUGCAGAGUAGGGUUAUCGAUGAGAAUAUUGCGGGAGAAAUUCUCAUCAAGUGGCAUUAUUCAUCGACGAAAAAGAGACAGUACGGGCCACAAGACUUUGAGGUGUUGAGAUUACUUGGGAAAGGUACCUUUGGACAGGUCUACCAAGUUAGAAAGAAGGAUUCGAAGAGGAUAUAUGCAAUGAAAGUGCUUUCUAAGAAGGUUAUCGUCAAGAAAAACGAAAUCGCUCAUACUAUAGGAGAAAGGAAUAUCCUGGUGCGCACCGCUUCCAAAUCUUGCCCAUUUAUCGUUGGUCUGAAAUUUUCGUUUCAAACUCCUGCCGAUUUGUAUCUAGUUACAGACUUCAUGAGCGGUGGAGAACUCUUUUGGCAUUUGCAGAAAGAAGGGAGGUUUUCUGAGGAUAGAGCCAAGUUUUACAUUGCUGAGCUAGUGAUGGCGCUAGAAUACCUACACGAUAAUGAUAUCGUUUACAGAGAUUUGAAGCCAGAGAACAUAUUGCUGGAUGCCAACGGCAAUAUCGCUCUUUGUGAUUUCGGGUUAUCGAAGGCAGAAUUGAAAGACCGUACAAAUACUUUUUGUGGGACCACUGAAUACCUGGCGCCGGAACUCCUGCUUGAUGAAACUGGCUAUACAAAGAUGGUGGACUUCUGGUCUUUGGGUGUGCUAAUAUUCGAAAUGUGCUGCGGGUGGUCGCCGUUCUUCGCUGAAGAUAACCAAAAGAUGUAUCAAAAGAUUGCAUUCGGUAAGGUUAAAUUCCCUCGUGACGUUCUAUCGCCUGAAGGGCGCUCGUUCGUCAAGGGCCUACUGAACAGAAACCCAAGACAUAGACUAGGCGCGAUCGAUGACGGCAGAGAGUUAAGAGCGCAUCCUUUUUUCGCAGACAUCGACUGGGAUGCGCUCAGGGACAAAAAGAUUCCACCUCCGUUCAAGCCACAUUUGAGCUCGGAGACGGAUACGUCAAAUUUCGAUCCUGAAUUCACUCAAGCAUCCACCUCCUUCAUGAACAAGCAUCAGCCAAUAGCAGCAACUCCUCUGUCACCUGGUAUGCAAGCAAAAUUUGCAGGCUUCACCUUCGUCGACGAGUCCGCCAUGGAUGAACAUUACAAUGCAGCUUAUAAUAGCCGCAAGUUCCUGCAGAACUCCUACUUCAUGGAACCUGGCUCUUUCAUCCCAGGUAAUCCUAACCUACCACCCGACGAGGACGUCAUCGACGACCAUGAAGAUGACGAUGCCAGCGAAUUCGCUCUUGGAAAGGGAGCUCACAAUGCCGGCCAGGUAGACUACGAUGGUGAUCAGCACAUGGACGACGAGUUUGUGAGCGGAAAGUUUGAAAUUUGA